UCGCAAGAGGACGCGAGUGUGCGCGCGUCAGCUCCGUCUUCAGUCGUUCCAACGUUGUUUACCAUCGGUCUGUUCCCGGUUCGAUAACGCGAGCUAUGCACUCCGGUCAGUGACGAACGCAGCGAUGUCGAUCGAGGCGACCGCAUAAAAGGCCAGGGAGCCGGGUGGAUUCACGUCGACAACACACUUUCUCGGCCCUGUGUUUCCUCCACUCGUUGGCGCCACUCCCCUCGCGGAUCCCUCUCGCUGCCCUUCUCGGCUCGGCCUCGAGCAACGAGGAACGAGCAACGAGACUCGUCUCAUCCCUGCCCCUACUCCCGCCGAUCAUCCGUCCUUCUGUCCUGCCUGCCAGCCUUCCGGCCUGCCAGCCUUCCUGGCUGCCAGCCUUCUUCCCUGCCAGCUUACCUAGCAGCCUUCUUUUCCUUUCUUCCUCCCUCAAGAAUCAGUCCCUCUCGGAAUCGCGGUGUGCGCGCUUUACCAUCGUGCGGAAUACACGCGUGCGCGCUUCACGGCCUCUCCCACGGACGUCUUCUUUCGUAUUUUUCACUUGUCUAUUCUGUGUUGUUCCGCGGCUUGUCGUACAUUGUGCACCAGUCGAUACGAUCCAGCCGACAGGCUUAUGUCAGCUACCGAACCGCCGCGUGUGUCUCGUCUGCGCGCGGACCAGCGAUCCGAUAAAGGAUCAGUGAAUCGGUGAUCCUACGAGAAACCAGCGUACAAACAUGGCCACGCGUAACCGGCAAUUGGGAUAGUGGUUGCCCCCGGAUCGGCAUAUUUCACCAGCGUCGAGGCUACUAGUUUACCGAUCGAGCCGACUUUGGAUCAUCUUGACGUUCCGAAUUCGGCGGCGUUCCCGGUGCCGCUUCGGUUUCCGCGGCUUGUGCGCGGAGAAGGCCGGCAAGUGGAUCGUUGGACGGUGACGAACGCCGAGGCAUUGUUGUUCGCGUCGUUCCUUCGGCACCCUCUACCUCUCUCUGCGACCUCCUCUAGGUUUCUAGGUUUGCUCAACGGUCGCGAUCGUACGCGAGCGUUUUGGCAGCGUGUUCGGCUGCGGGGGUGUCUCUCGUGUCGUGGCGACCGCGAUCGCGGUAAAUCUGCCAAAAUUCGGGUGAAGAACAAAGAACCGUUGCCAUCCUACGCGAUGGAAAUGAGCGAUGAAUACCAGGACAUGGCCAACCCCGGCGGAGGGGUGGCAAUGGCCAAUAUGCCCAUCGCCCAUCACCGACAUACGCCUGAUAGCCCCCUGUCGCAUCAGGAGGAGGAUUUGUCGGAUCCGGACCUCCAGGAUGAGGAGAGUGGGGAGGAGUUGCCACAACAGCCACUGCAGGGCAACCCGCACUCCUCGGACAAUGGGUCCAUACCGGCCAACGCUCCUACUCCAUUAACACACUUGAACAGCUUGAUGAGCACACACCAUCCGCACUUUCUGGCGAAGCUCAAAAUGGAGAACGAUGUAGACGUGUUGAACAACAAAAGUGGCUUGGAAGCGCUACAAGCGGCAAUGGGUGGCAGUGGGUUCAAUUUGCCCUUCUCGUUCCCGCCGCCAACGGCGUUCCUAACCCCGCAGCACCACUCGCAGAACAAUCAUGCUCAGUCGGCCGUUAUGGGCGGCGGUGUGGGCAAUAAUCAGAUGACAUCGUCGGCCAGUUCGCAUUCCAGCGAAUCGUCGCAGGGCAGCGCGAGGAACGGCGGCGAGCCUCGGGAGACCAGCAAUCACGCGCAGAACAACACGACGGGAACGAAUCACCAACAGCAGACCAGCUGGAGCUUCGAAGAGCAGUUCAAACAGGUGCGUCAGUUGUACGAAAUCAACGAUGACCCGAAGAGGAAGGAGUUCCUCGACGACCUCUUCAGCUACAUGCAGAAACGAGGCACACCGAUCAACCGGCUGCCGAUCAUGGCAAAAUCGGUGCUGGAUCUGUACGAGCUUUACAACCUGGUGAUCGCCCGAGGCGGGCUUGUCGACGUAAUUAACAAGAAGCUCUGGCAGGAAAUCAUCAAGGGCCUCCACCUGCCAUCGAGCAUAACUUCCGCUGCGUUCACUCUGCGCACUCAGUACAUGAAGUAUCUGUAUCCCUACGAGUGCGAGAAGAGACGUCUAUCAACGCCAGCGGAAUUGCAAGCAGCGAUCGACGGAAAUCGUCGAGAAGGUAGACGUAGCAGCUACGGUGCUUAUGGGGGUGGUAGCAGUGCAGCCGAGUUGGUGCAGCGAAAUCCGCAUGCACCUAACACGCUCGCGUUGCAUGCGCAAUUGUCGCCCCUGUCUCUGGUGACUGCUGUGGCAACGGCCGGCCCACACCAUGCACAGCAGGCAUUGGUGAACGGAAGCGCAGCGCAUACUCCAUUGCCACACCAUCCUCAUCAUCCUCAGCACCCUCAGGGAUCUCUGGGGCAAUCGUCGAAUGCCGGUUGGUUAAGGCCUAUUCCCGGAAUGGCACCUUCCGAGUUCGAGGCACGUAUGGUGGAAUACGUGAAACUGCUGAACAAAGAGCUGAGAAGCGCUAGCGCGGGCACUCCGCCCCCCUUAAUCCCCCGGCAGGGGAGCGCGUCACCCCGUCCGAUCACGCCUCCGAGGGAUGGCACUUUUAGCGCACUGGAAAUGUCCCGCAUCACCCUGUGGAACAUGUACAACAACAAUAACACCCUCUAUCCCGGUGUGGGACAUCAGCCGUCCUUGUCGCCGCAAGCGUCGCACUCACCGUUACCGCCCGCAUCCAGCCCGGAGCCACAGAGGGAAGCCCUCGACCUUGGGCUCAGAUCGUCGCCCGUGUCCCCGUCACAGGCAAGACAAACUUCGCCCGCAUUGGGCAGCAGCCAGCAAGUUAGAAAGGACCCGGAAUUAAACGAGAUGUCCGGACCUACCCCGGCUAAGAGACUGCUCGCAGAGGACGACAUCGCCAUAGAUAAGUCCGCCCAAGGCACGCACAUUAAAAUUUCCAAUCGAGGUGACGGAAGAAACGGUGACAAUUCCUUGGUGGUCAGCAUGGAGCUGAACGGCGUAAUGUACCAAGGUGUAUUGUUCGCCCAGACAGACAGCAGAAGCACUGCGGCCACCAACAGCACCGCAAAAGCUUCCCGCAGCAUAGUUUCGUGAACGAGCACAGAAACAACGAGCAGCCUACCCACGAUGUCCUUCAAUACUUCAUCCAUUCGUAUUUGCGACUAGAACGUUCAAAUUUUAUGACUAUGGUGUUCGCAACUGUAUGAAAACAAUUUCAGAUUCAUUUCAAAUCGUUUCGGGUUCCAUCGACGAGGAAAGAACCGUCAACCAGGCCGCUGCCGAUCGAAGAAGUCUUCGAGGGAUCAGAUUUAGUCUUUCGGAGGUUUUAGAGAUUUUCGUUUAUCACGAUUUCUCGAACGGUUCAACACAGCGACAAUGGUCGACCUGUUCUUUCUAAUUUCCGCGUAAUUCGCAAGUCCGAAAUUCUGUUCAAAAAAUGUGGACACGUGCGUAAGCGACCACGCUCAGGCGUGAAUGAGUG